CAUCCUCAACUUUUUCUUCUCUUCAUUCAGUUGUUCUUUUUUCGAUCAUAAAGAGAAAACACACACGAGAAUAAUGUCUCCACAAAGUGUAGCUCUUUCACUUUUCACCACCGUGUUUCUCUCAUUUGGCGUGUGUUUUGGGUCUUACCUAGAGGACACACACGACCUAAAUAAUUAUCAACGUAUGAUACCAAAUAAUGAAACUUUUGGUAUCAAGACAAGGGCUUUUGGAUCCUUCCCAUUUGCAUGGUAUCAAAGAUGGUUUAGUGUUGAUGACUAUGGAGCCAUAGCUAAUGAUGCCAGACAUGACACUAAGGCAUUUGAGAAGGCAUGGAAUGAGGCAUGUUCUACCGGGGGUGUUCUUUUAGUCCCUCGUGGCAAGACCUAUCAUUUAAAGCAAAUCAUUUUUUCAGGACCAUGCCUACCCAAUACUUCCUUCAGGGUCUUUGGAACAAUCAAAGCAUGGCCUAAAAUGUCAGCAUACCAAAAAGAUAGAUUACUCUGGAUUAAGUUUCUUAAUGUCGCGAAUCUCAUUGUUGAUGGUGGUGGCAUUAUCAAUGGUAAUGGGAGAAAAUGGUGGGAAAACUCUUGCAAAAUCAACAAAAGCCUUCCAUGCAAACCGGCACCAACUGCCGUGCAAUUCCUCGGAUGCAACAACUUGAGUGUGACAAACCUUAAGUUCAAAAAUGCACAACAAAUGCAUGUUAGGUUUCAGAGAUGCCACAAUGUUACAGCUUCAUAUUUGAGUGUGACAGCACCAGAGCACAGCCCCAACACCGAUGGAAUUCACGUCACAGAGACACAAAACAUAGUCAUAACGAAUAGUGUCAUUGGAACAGGUGAUGAUUGUAUCUCCAUAGUAAGUGGGUCUCAGGAUGUUGUUGUCAGAAAUGUCAGGUGUGGACCAGGGCAUGGAAUCAGCAUUGGGAGUUUAGGAGCUGGUAAGUCAGAAGCUCAAGUCUCGAACGUGUUAGUGGAUGGAGCCAUCAUCACAGGAACAAGUAAUGGAGUUAGAAUAAAGACUUGGCAGGGAGGUUCCGGCUAUGCGAAAAACAUCAAAUUUACGAAUAUUGAAAUGCGAAAUGUGAAGAAUCCCAUAAUUGUGGAUCAAAACUACUGUGACAAGAGAAAUGCAUGCCCUCAGCAGGACUCAGCAGUGCAAGUGAGCCACAUAAUGUACCAAAACAUCAUAGGAACAAGUGCUUCAGAAGAAGCAAUCAAAUUUGACUGCAGCAAAAGCAUCCCAUGCAAAGAUAUAUUAUUGCAAAAUGUGAAUUUAACACCACAGGAGGAACUAAUAAGACAUGGUGGCAUCCAUGCUACGUGUAAAAACGUUAGAUAUGUCAAUAGGGGACUGCUUUUUCCUCCUUGCUGAUCUACUUGAUGUCAAAGAAGGAACAAUAGAGUGUUAUUACCAUAUUUUAAUAGCUUGAGUGUUUAGAUUUUUUAAUUUGUAAAUAUUGUUUUCUUUUUUGGAAUUAGUCACAAAGCCACAUGUUAGUCCACAGGUAGUUGACAACAUAAUAAUAAAUUCGAUUUACCUAUCUAGUAUUUACACUCA